GCGCUGGCGGCCGGGCUUUCCUCCCGCCGUUUUCCCAGGAGGCAUUGCGGCGGCGGCGGCCGUGGUUGCUAUGCAACGGGGAGCAGGCAGGGCCUGGUCGCGGCCUAGUUGCGAGGAUGAAGCAGAAGAAGGCGAAGGGCCUCGCUGCUCGCCCCGCCGGACCUGGGCGCAAACGGAAGGAUCUCAGCGAUGUCACCCCAUCUACAAGCUUGCCACCUCUUGUGGAAGGACAAUUGCGCUGCUUUCUAAAGCUGACGAUCAGCAAAAUCCUAUGGAUGGUUUCUAAGCCAACAUCUCCCUUCCUCAUCCGGGUGAGAUGGUGGGGAGAAACCUCGGAUGGCACGGUUUUUGUUCCCCGCGACCCUUCACAGAGUGAGCAAAAAGCAAUUAAAACUACCACUCGCUACGCAAUUCGCUGUGGACCAAAACAGUUUACCUCCUACCUAACAGAUAUGGGUGCUCUUAUCCUGGAAGUAAUGACCAAAUCAGAUCACCUUCCAAUUGGACGGGUUCAGAUCAGGGGGCUGGCACAGCUCUCUCCUAGCCAUCCUCUCAGUGGAUUUUUCACCAUUGUUUCGCCAACAUCUGAGAAAAUGGGAGAGCUGCAGGUAUCACUAGUUCUGGAACCUCUGUCUGAAACGUAUGAUGGCAGUAGCUCCAUCCCAAACACAGACAUGAGCUUCAGUGUUGGUUUACCGGCUCCAGGAACCAAAGAAGCACUUGAGUCUAGCCAGUUUCUUGCUCCACCACCACACCACAGACCACUCAGCGCAAAGGUCAUUGGGAGAGAGUCUGUCAGCAGUAGUCGAGCUUCUACACCAAGGGGAAAGGACCACUUGUACUUUCAGGAAAACUCUGAGAACCUUGGACCGCAACACCACUUCAUCUCAGGGCAGAAUGAUCCCUUGAAAGCCAACAAUCCCGAGCAGCAUGGACAAUUUCCUAGCAGCUUCAAUUAUGAGGCUCAACUGAAGUUAGCUGGGAGAAGUCAUAACCCAGUCCAUGUUCUUUCUUCAAGCAACAUGGCCACAAAGGAUCUCAUUUCAGCUCUUUUGGAUCAAGGCAGCAGACUCCGAGAGGCCAUGGUUGUGUCUGCAAUGAAAUCCAGUCCUGACUCUGGUAUUGAACUGCAUGACAUUCAUCCUUCCCUAAAGCAAGAUAUCACCAGACUAGUUGGAAAGAAUUUUAAAAACCUGAAUCCUGGCUUUGUGUCUGCUGUUGAAGAUCCUCUCCAGCAACCACCUGGCUACUCAGAAUUUGAUCUGUAUGCUGAAAACAGAGCAAUCCAGCUCUUGUUGGGCAGUUCUGAUUUACCUCCUGCGCAUCUUUUGGAUGGUACCCACUCGCCUCUGGAAUCUCUCUCUCUUGGGAGUGAGGCUUACGACAGUGAGCUCAAUGACCCCCACUAUGACCAGAGUCUGCUGGAGAAUUUGUUCUACACAGCUCAGAAAUCAGACAGCAGUUUCAGUGACUUUCUCAGUGAAGAGGAGGCUGCUGUUUCCUCAGGAAAACAAAAUCAAUCUCAGAACAGCAAACCACAGAAGUCAUCAAAGUCUAGCCCCUCAGGUCCAAAAGGGAAGGCUCUAGAGACAAAAUCCAGCAAUUCUCCUACUAGACCACUUCCUCUUCAUGAGACUUCCAUGGUGCCAACAGAGGAAACACAAACUGUCAAGCUGAGUCUGGACAGGCUGGCAGUGCUGAGUCGAAUUCAUUUAGCAAGAAUGGUAGUUGAGAGUUUAAAGAUCCCUCGUGAAGAGAGCGUUCAGAGCACCCCCGGCAAGAAAAGUUCUGCUGGGAAGCCUCCUAGGCCAACCUUGGUGAAAAAGAGGACAUUCUUUGUGGAGUAUCACUUUCCAGUAGGCACUUCAAAGACAGGAACAGGGCAAGGUGCCAUAACAACCGAAAUAGUUCGGGUCGCUUCCAGUAAGGUCUCAGGGGAAGUGGUGAAAUUUCAACAGAGAUCCGUGUUCCCUGUUCACUUCAGUGGUUCCAUGAUAACUUACUGGUGGAACUCAGAUCUCGAGUUUAACAUCUUUCUGAAAAAAGGCACAGAAAGAAAGCCACUGUUGGUUGGUUCAGCAGCUUUACCCUUGCGAGAUGUAAUUCAGUCUGAGCAACUGAUGGUCAAUUGUGAAUUGCUUGUGAAAGAAGGGGGUGUUCCAGCCCAGCUAGGGCCCUUAAAGGUGUCAUUGGAACUUGCAGCUAACAACAAAGACUUCUUCAGCACCAGUACCAGGACAGUGACCCUGGCAUCGCAAGCUCCAGUUUACUCUAUUAGGAGCCCUGGAGCCAAGUUUGAAGAUGCUGACAAGAGCCCUACUCCUGCUGAAAGCCCUCCCCUCUUGAAACAAGCUAGUUAUCAGUUCCCAAAGAGAACUCCAGAGUCCUUGCCUGCAACAUUACAAAAGCCCGAUGUUGAUGUGAGUCAGCAGUUGGGACUCAGGCUUGUAUCCCGCAAUAUCCUGACCCAGAUAAGUGCCUCAGAAGAGGAAGGCUUGCUGCUGCAUGUCCUCUUAAUGGUCCCAGAAGGGCAGGUCUUUGCUCCUCGUGAUGCUGGACUCCUCGGCUCUUGCAAUGUGUAUUUGAAUUGCAAACUCUUCAACACAGAAGAAGCCACAAGAUCAGCUGUCAUAUGGGGAACUACCCAACCCAUCUUCCAUUUUUCUCAGGUAACUCCUAUUUCCUUGACCGCUAAACAUCUGGAGAGGCUGAAGAACAACGUGAUGGUCAUCGAGGCCUGGAAUAAAGUGCACAGCCCUGGAGGAGACAGACUGCUGGGACUGGUGAAGCUGCCAUUGCAUCAGUUCUAUGUUUCAUUCAAAGAUCCCAAAAUUUCCAGCCUGCUGCUUCAGGCUCAGUAUCCGGUCCUGGCUGUGGAUGGCCCGAUGCCUUUGGUUGAUGUCUUUUCUGGCAAGAAAAAUGGGAGCCUGAAGGUGAUCCUGGCAAUGGGUUCCGCUGACCAGAUUGCAGCACUGCAGAGGCUCAAGAACGAAGAAGGAAUGGAGCCUCCUGUUGUGCUACGACCACCGCAUUCCCUGGAUCCUCUUUCUGCACCUCUUCCAAAGCGGUCAGACCAGGAAAAAGAAGGAUUAAUGGAGCAUGUCUUUGAGAUCCACGUUGAGUGCAUUAAAGGGCUCACUCCCCUCCAGUCCACCGUCUGGGGAGAGGCCGACUGCUAUGUGCAGUACCACUUUCCAGUUCAGGAAUCAGAGUCUGACAUACUACGUGGGACAGAAUUCUGUGAAUGUGCCCUUGCCUUAAAAGCUUUCCGUUCAGCCACCACCUUGUGCCUCCCCGACCCCACCUUCAGUGAUGAACGUCAUCACUCGUUAUUGGUCCCUGCUGACAUCCCUGUCCAGCGGCUGCUGCUCGAUGCUUUCUCUGCACGGGGCUUGCCAGCAGGAGGAGGAGAAGGAGCAGGAGGAAUUCAUUUUGAAGUCUGGUGCAGGUAUUACUACCCUAAUGUCCGAGACCAGAUGGUUGCCAGAGGGACCUUGCCACUAUCGCGCCUGUGUGCCAUGGUGACCAUGCAGCACCGGGAGGCUGUGGGGAUCCAGACCUUCAGUCUGCCCUUGAUCCCCAGAACUGAAAGCUCAGGGCAACACCAUGCCCAGUCCUCAGGUUUCCUUGAUGUGAGCAUCAGAUACAGACGUUCUCUGAAAGUAGCCAAAGGCAUCCUGGCAGCUCAAACUGUUUCUAUUUCUAUUCAGAUACGCUCUGCAGCUGGUUUGCAGGCAGCCGCCAGGGCUUUGGCCGAAAAGAACCCUUUGCUCCAAUACAGUGCUGAGGUUGGUUUGAAUGCCUAUGUAUCAAUCCAUAUCCCCUUCCUGCCCGAGGCAGAGAGACGCAACACGCGUGCGGUGGCUCGUACUUUCUGCCCCGAGUUUGAACACCACAUGGAGUUCCCGUGCAAUCUUGUGGUCCAGGCAAGCAGCGGAGAAGCAUCGUGUCUGGGGGAGCUCUUGCAGCGCUCAGAAAUUGUCUUUUCUGUCUUCCACCAGAACCUGAACUCAGCUUUGCCUACAACAAAAGCUUCAGCUUUGAAAGAUUACCUUCUGGGAACUGCCAGGGUGGCAACCAAAGAUCUGUUGAUUAAGAGAUCAGGUAUUAGAGGCUGGUACCCAGUCAGUCUUCCAGAGGAUGUGGUGCCUUCAGAUUGUGCAAACAUCAUGGAAACCAUAGUUGGAGGCCUAGAGAUCUCUGUGACCUUUGCUCAUCCUGGGGACCGAGAACGUGUUCUGGAUGCUGCAAAGCUUUUAGGCUGGAAUUGGGAGGAAGCCUCCAAUGAGAAACUGCAGGAAGACAGUGAGGGCGAAUACCAGUCUGCUGCAAACCCUGCCACAGUGACUGUUUCUGUCCCGAGGCUGUGGCUGCCAGUGCAGUGUCUGCUACUCGCCGGGCAGACCCACUUGAAUAAACGCAUCUACUGCUACCUUCGCUAUAAGCUGUAUGAUCAAGAAGCCACAUGGACAUCACUGAGGAGGCCAAAAUUAGUUGAAGACCAGAAACAUGUGACAGUGACCUUUAAGAAAAGCCAACAAAUGGAUCUUCAACAGAGCCAUGCAUUAUGGUGGUACUUCAGGGAGGAGAGGCUGGAGCUCCAGGUGUGGCGAGCCUUUGGGAAUGAAAGCCAUGUGGAGAGACCACUGGACACUGACCGCUUGAUUGGGUCAGCCUAUGUGGAUCUUUCAGCGCUUGGAGAGAGCUCAAGAAAGAAGAGAACAGUUAGUGGUGUCUUCCCCUUGUUCCGGCGCAAUGCUUCAAACCUGUGGGGAGCAGCUGUGCGUGUUCACAUUGCAGUGGCUUCCACUAGCUCCCAUGGGCUUGAACUCACUGAAGAGGGGAGCCAUAGCAGCAGCAGUGAAGGUGAAGAAAAAAAAGAGGCACUUGGGCAAAAGGUUGAGAUCCCUCUGGAACCAACUCCUGCAGCUGCAGACAUCCUUACUGAGAUAUCAUCUGAAGCAUCUCCUCCUGCCAUGGACCAUGAGAAGACAUUUGCUGCUAGUAUCCUAGUGGAAAGAGCCAUGCACUUAAGCUUAAAGGGGAGCCCUCUCACCGAACGUGGAGUGACUACGCCUAGCAGCUAUGUGUCAUUUGUUGCUGCUGAUGCCGAUAACCCUAUUACUACAGAUAUCAUUGAAAAUACAGAGUCCCCUGUUUGGGGAUUCCAGCAGCAGACCAGGCUCUCCAAUGAGCUUCUUGUGGACCCACAGCAAACUCUUGUCUUUAAAGUCUGGCAUAAAGCAGAUGUUGAACGUGUGAUAGGAUUUGCUUCAGUGGAUCUCUCCCCACUCCUCUCUGGCUUCCAGUUGGUCUGCGGGUGGUACAACAUCACAGACUUCAGUGGGCAGUGCCAGGGGCAGAUCAAAGUAGCUGUCUCUCCCCUUGAAAGUAUAAGCCAUCUCAAAAAAGAAAGACAGGAAAGAAGCCGGAUAAAAACUUCAGGAUCAUCAGUGAAGGAUUUGUAUGCUUCCUUUCCUGCCUUCUCUACCAGAGGUGCCACAGAGCUUUUCAACACCUCAUUGAGAGGCCUUGAUCCCACCAGUCAUGAAGGCAGGACUGGAUCCCCUGGGUCCUGGAUGCCUCGCCAUGAAGAACAUGUGCAGAACAUCCGCCGAUUCCAUGAGUCACUGCAGCAAGCAGAAGGGAACGUGCACCAAGCUGGAAGGCUGGAUUCCCUGUCCCAUUCCUCACGGUCUUCCCUCCUAAGAACUCUCAGAAAAAACCUGAGCGAACUGGAUGAGAUUCAGGGGUACUUCAGCCGAAAGCUAACCAGGCCCUUCCCUGACUUGGGUCUUCUGCAUAGACCUGCAGAUGAUCUCAGCGGUAGUUGCAAAAACUCUGCCACCAGGGCAGCAGAUCCAGAAGGAUGCCAGCUGUUGGAGAAAUCUAAUCAUCUGGUAUCUCAAGUUAGCAGCCUGAUUGUUGAUUUGCAGAACAAUGUGCUGAAAAAUGCCAGAGAUUCUUCAGGUGCUCAUGAAGAUGGAAGUAGUUUUUUGCCUGCUCAUCAGCCACUUUCUGGUGUUCUGGACCAGAGAGAGGAAACUAUCAGGAACAAAGUGCUGAAAGAUCCCUCAGGAAACAAACCCUUGAGCACCUUUGUAGACAAAGAGCCUUUGUUCCCUACUGGAAAAUCCCCUGGUGAAAGAGACAUGCUUUAUGAAUUCCUUGGUCAAGCCAGCUCCCAGAGUGACCUUCCGUUACUUAAACAUCAGAGAGAGGAAGAUGCCACUCAGUCCCACAGUGAGGGGGAGUAUGAAGAGGACAUCAUAGAACCAAGGAUGCUGAAUGAAGUCACCACUGUGACAGACAAAACCAGCCCCUGGUCUAGCCUUAUCUCCGAACCAGAACAGGAGCCUGGACAAGAAGCAAUCACUGUUGGGGUCACUGAGCAUUUACUUACAGAAGAUAGUAUUAGAAGCAGUUCCAUGUCCAACGUAACCCAAAAUGAGCCCCAGAGCAUGCCCAGCACGGCAAGAUCCAGUAGCAGCUCCUUUAGAGAAGAUGGCGGUGAUGAAUAUGUGGAAGGACAAGACCUUGAACAUGGUACAGAAGAGCUUUUCCAACCUGCAGCCCUCUCACCUGUACACCAGACUGAGGAUGAGUCUGCAGAAAACCAAAGGACAGAUCAGGAAGAAGCACAGGAUAUCCCUGGAAAGGAUGGAAGAUCAUGCAUUUCAUGUCAUGAGGGUGAAAAUUCUUCAACAGUUGCUGAGAAGGGAAGUGAGUGUUUAAAUGGUAAUUCCCAAGAUGAAGAAGUAGUUGAUUCCAGUGAGGAGGUGCACCAGCGUUCUGAAAGCUGUUGUGAUAAAAAUAAUGAAGACCCGACUGGAGAGUCGGAUAAGGCUCCCAAAUCCAGCGUAGUAUUAUCAGACCCUGUUGUCAUCCCCAACUUCUUCCUCCCACCUCAACAUUUGGAAGCUUCCAUGAGACUACUCAGUGUUUCUUCUCCUCCUCCACUGGCUGCUUCUGGUAAAUCUGGAAGCGGCAGUUAUGGAGGCGGGGAUGCUGCUGUGGAAAUCCCUUUCCGAAGGCAAAACCGUCAGAAGCUGAAGUUGAUGCCAGCUGAGCUGCCGGAAGAGGAAACGAAAAGGAUAGCGAGAAUAUUUUCUGCACAGUUCUCCAAAAAAACAUAGCAGUGGCGAGAGACCCAGCAGCGUUGCUCAGGCUCUGAAACUUCCAGCAAUGUCAGCAGCUGGGACUUGCUACAAAGACUGACUGAUGUGAGCUGUGGUCAGGUGCCCAGCGCCUGCAGCCCAAAACCAGAAGUGAUGCUCGCAUCCACAUAAGCCCUCUUUCAUUUGGAAGGGAGUUCCUGUCCUGGUGUAAGAGAGAGAGAUGUGCCAUUUGCUGAAAAGAUGCAACAGGGCUUCUUUUCCUGAGGCACAGGCAAGGUCUGACCAUCUCUCUCUUAGAUGGCAAUUCAGAUAUAAGCUAGAUAAUUUGGUUAGAGGGGUAUCAGCAAAAAUACACAGGUACCUGUCUUGAGUUUAGUUCUGGACUUAGCAUUCUUUCUUCCAGUCCUCUUUUACCUCCAUUACAACAAUUAUCUGCUCUUCAUAGACUGACUUUUUGCAUUACUCUGUCAGCGUGGGAGCUGACCCCAUGCCAUGCUUUCCCACAUUUCCAAGUACAGUAUCAUUAAAAGUCUUGGUCCUCUCAGGAGGAGUCUUCCAGGUGACCCAGUUUUCCAGUGUGGAAAGGAGCAGUUUGUUACAGCAACUUAACCCUGCCAUCAUUGCAACUUGAGCACCAGCACAACUGUAGAACCAUCUUUUCCAAACACCCAUCUCCUCUCUUCUUACUUCAGAGCACUGGACAAUAAAAAUUCUCCAGAAUUUUCCUACAAAGGAAGAGAGGAGGUGGAUGUUUGGAAAAGGUGAUACUACAGCUGUCUGGUGCUCAUGUUGCAAUGAUGGGAUGGUACGUUGAUGUAAUAACGGCUCCUUUCCACAAUGAAAAUCUCCCCACUAUCCUCUGCCCCCAUUUCUAACCUGGGGCACCCAUGGCCCUCCAGAUUCCCCCCCCCCAGCUCCCAUAAUCCCUCACCUUUGUUGUCUGAGACUGUUGGGACCCAUAGGCCAAAAAAUAUCUGGAGGGCCAUAGUUGCAUCCCCCCCCAAGACAUCAAGUGUGGGAACUGUGUGGCCUUCCAAAUGUUGGAUGCAAGUCCCAGCAUUCCUCACCAUUGGCUGUGCUGGUAAAGGGUGCUGGGAGUUGCAGUUCAACAGCCUCUGGA